AAUGUCAGUCAAAUGCCAGCUGGGUCCCUACUUACAUGGCUAGUUCCUGAGAGGUCACAGGUCUCUGUGGGUUUUUAGUGUCAAUAGUGUACAAGCACUUCUCCUCGUGGUUGUGCAGCAGCAGCGUUGCCAGGGUCGCUGUCCGUAGAUGAUCAGCAGAAAAUAACCAGUAAACUGCCACUGCUUUGCGUUCCAGGUCUCCUCCUGACCAGCAUUUCUCAACAGAUCGUUCAUCCAACACACGUGACCUGUCCUCAGGCCCAAACACACCUCUGUAUUUACAGUUUCAGCUGAUACUGGGCCCACCUUAGCAGCAGCACCAUGCUGAGCCAGGACUUCCAAGAGGAAAUUAAGUUCUUAGAUCUGGAAGAUGUCAGCCAGUACAUCAGGAACAUCUCCACCCCCAUGUUGGUCAGCAUAGGAGCAGUGGCUGCUGCCACCACCUACUACCUGGCUACACGACCCAAAGCCCUCCCUCCAGUCUGCGACCUCCAUAUGCAGUCGAUUGAGGCUCCGGGCAGUGACUAUGUGCAUAGUUCAGUGCUUCUGAAAGGAGAGAGUUACCUUACUCACAUCUAUGAAGAUGCCAGAACUAUGUACGAGUCUUUCGUCAGAGGUGCAAGAGUCUCCAAUAACGGUCCCUGUUUGGGCUUCAGGAAACCAAAACAGCCGUAUGAGUGGAUGUCUUACAACGAGGUAAUGAAUCGAGCAGAAAAUCUGGGUUCUGCAUUUCUUCACAAAGGACACUCAAAAACCACCAACCCCCACAUUGGUAUUUUCUCUCAGAACAGACCAGAGUGGACCAUCACUGAGCUGGCAUGUUACACCUACUCUCUCGUAUCCAUCCCUUUUUAUGACACACUGGGAACAGAGGCCAUUUUCUACAUCAUAGACAAAGCUUCCAUCUCAACCAUAGUGUGUGAUGUUUCUCAUAAAGCUAGUCUGGUGCUGAACUGUGUUAAAGACAUGAAACACUCAGUGAAGACCAUCAUUUUGAUGGAGACCCCCAGUGCCAGCCUGGUGGAGCGGGGCCAGCAGGCUGGAGUCAACAUCCUGAGCCUGCAGGAGAUGGAGGCUAUUGGACAGGCCAACUAUGAGCAGCCAGUUCCCCCUCAGCCUGAUGACAUGGCAGUCAUCUGUUUCACCAGUGGAACCACAGGGAACCCAAAAGGAGCGAUGUUAACACAUAGGAAUAUUGUGUCCAACUGCUCAUCCUUCAUCAAACUGACUGAGAUUUCCUGUCCACUAAAUUCCAGUGAUGUCCAUAUUUCCUACCUUCCCUUGGCUCAUAUGUUUGAAAGAGUAGUCCAGGGGGUCAUGUUAGUGCAGGGAGCCAGAAUUGGCUUUUUCCAGGGAGAUGUUCGUCAGUUGUUGGAUGAUCUGAUCGCACUGAAGCCUACAGUGUUCCCAGUCGUACCGAGACUUGUCAACAGAAUGUAUGAUAAAGUGAGUGAGCCACCGAAACAUCUGCAGAUCUUUGGGCAGGCCAACACCUCUGUGAAGCGCUGGCUGCUUGAGUUGGCCUACAGGAGGAAGCAUGCAGAGAUCAUAAAAGGCAUUGUGAGAACAGACAGUAUCUGGGAUCGACUCAUCUUCAGGAAGGUCCAGGCCAGCCUCGGAGGCCACGUGCGUCUCAUGGUUACAGGAGCAGCUCCCAUCUGUCCUACAGUCCUCUCCUUCCUCAGAGUUGCUAUAGGCUGUCAGUUCUAUGAAGGCUAUGGGCAGACAGAAUGCACAGCUGGAUGUACACUCACCCUUCCUGGAGACUGUAGUUCAGAUCACGUUGGACCUCCUCUGCCCUGUAACUCCAUCAAACUGGUGGACGUCCAAGAGAUGAACUACCUGGCUAUAAACGGGGAAGGAGAGGUGUGUGUGAAGGGUUCAAACGUUUUCCAGGGCUAUCUGAAUGACCCAGAAAAGACUGCAGAGGCUAUAGAUGCAGACGGAUGGUUGCACACUGGAGACAUCGGGAAGUGGCUCCCUAACGGCGCACUGAAGAUUGUUGACAGGAAGAAACACAUCUUUAAGCUGGCCCAGGGGGAGUACAUUGCUCCUGAGAAGAUUGAGAACAUCUACACAAGGAGUGAUGCAGUGGUACAGGCCUUUGUGCAUGGAGAUAGUCUGCAGGCUUGUCUGGUAGCAGUGGUGGUACCUGACCCUGACUUCCUGUGUAGCUGGGCGAAGAGGACGCUGGGGCUGCAGGGAAGCUACGAGGAGCUGUGUGGCAAAGCGGAGGUCAAGGCAGCCAUCUUGGAGGACAUGCUUCGGCUUGGCAAAGAGGGAGGGCUGAAGUCCUUUGAACAGGUUAAGGCCAUCCACGUCCACACAGAGAUGUUCUCCAUAGAGAACGGCCUGCUCACCCCAACGAUGAAAGCCAAGAGGAAUGAAAUGCGCCAGUACUUCAGAUCCCAGAUAGAUGAGCUGUACGCUGGGAUCAAUAUGUAGAAGGACUCAGGAGCUCAGAAUGUGUUCCUUUGCAUGAAGAGAUGAGGUGGCAAACAGGAGAACAAGUCUGAACAUGGGUUGAAGGAGCAUCUCAUACCGUCAAGCUGCAACACAAGAAACAAGCAGAGCAGGCAAACAUGUAGCUUUUAAAGUUUUUAAAGCAUUUCCAUAAAUGUGAUCUGUGGAACAGUAAACCUCACUGUCCAGAUGAGUCUUUUACACUUGAAAUGUGUUUUUAUUUGAUCAACCCUCACUGCUAUGCAAAUCUAUGUAAUUAAAAAAAGAUGAUUCCAAUCAGCUCUUAAAUUGGAUUUUUAAAGGGAAACUGUGUUUCUUGCACCAGCAGGAAUCGGGGUAGGAACACCCACAAGUACAUUCAAAGCCAUAUUUCUUAUCAUUUGUAAACUAACAUCCAGUUUUAUGUCAACAUUGGCAUCACUGUUCAUUAGAUGUACAUUUUAAAUUGUGUUCACUGUGACUAUGAAUACGCUUGGUACCCCAUGAACUAGUUCAGGGACAUUAAGGACAAUGGAGUUUGAUCUAGGUGUGCUUGGGGAACACUGGUGCCUAAAGGAAAUACACGGUAAAUCUUUGUCAAUGUUUUAAUUUAUUUACCAAUCAGCUGUCAUUUUGUAAAAGAAUUAAAGACAUUUUAAAAGA